AUGCUUGCUGUGUUUUCUCCUGCAGAGCAAACUUAUGGGGAGGUGAACCAGUUAGGAGGGGUUUUUGUCAACGGACGGCCUCUACCCAACGCUAUACGACUAAGAAUAGUGGAGUUAGCCCAGCUUGGGAUCCGACCCUGUGACAUUAGUAGACAACUUCGCGUUUCCCAUGGGUGCGUGAGCAAGAUUCUUGCGAGAUACAAUGAAACUGGGUCUAUAUUACCAGGUGCUAUUGGAGGCAGCAAACCACGAGUUACAACACCGAACGUGGUGAAAAGUAUACGGGAAUACAAACAAGGAGACCCCGGGAUUUUUGCAUGGGAGAUUCGGGACCGACUUCUAGCAGAUGGAGUAUGUGACAAAUACAACGUGCCCUCCGUCAGCUCCAUCAGCCGGAUUUUACGGAACAAAAUUGGAAAUCUCUCCCAACCUGUGCAGUAUGAAAGCGGCAAGCAAGCUCAACCACAACCAAGCAUUUCUUAUAACCAUUUAUAUCCAUACUCCUAUCCUAACGCAAUGUCCCCUUCUGGGGCAAAAAUGAGCAGUCCUCCCGGUGUUCCAGUCACCGGUGGCCAUGUAAGCAUAUCGCGCGGCUGGCCUUCUGCACACACGGUCAGCAACAUAUUGGGCAUUCGAGCUUUCAUGGAUCCUACAGCAGUGACUGGCCCCGAAGGGUAUCCACCAAAACUGGAAGACUGGGGUAGCGUCAACAGAGCGGCAUUUCCGUCCGCGCAUGGAGUCAACGGAUUAGACAAAUCGUCUUUAGAUGUGGACAUAAAGUACCCCAGGUAACGGCAUUCUGAGCCUUCAUCUACUCUUUCUAGUUACGUUCCGCCAUGUGCCUAUUCUCCCUCAAAUCAGUAUGGCGUUUAUAGCGGCCCAGCAGGUAGCUAUGUAGGCCCUGGGCACCACUGGCAGGCCCAAGGAACGAGCCUCCCCCAUCCAGGCAGCGGAAUGGCCAUACAUUCGGGAGACAUCCAUUCUUCUAUGCCCUUCAAGCACGCCGUAAGAGACGGAGAUAGAAAACCGCCGAGUCCCCUGAGUAAGCCGCAGCACCAGGCACUGAGUAGCAUACACGGACUCGGCGUUCCUACCUCUUCGUCAUAG